AUGGCGCACAACUACCCAAAUGGCAACCACCGUCGUCUCAGAUUUGCACUUCCACCGCUCAUCAGUCGACCACCACUUUUCUGCUGUCCCGUGGCAGAGAGUAACCCAACUCACUUGCCCCGAAGCUUUGUCAACCCUGGACGCCACUUGAUGAACUCCCAGCUUCGGAAGUUCCUCGAGUGUGCUGACGAUGCAGAACACACCUUCGAGAAAUGUGAUGUGUCCCACAUUAUCGAGGUGACAACUCGGGCCCUUCAUAACAAUGCUCUACCAUCUCACGGUUGGCCAGCAGAGCAGCAGUGGAAUCUCCGGAGCGGACCGUCCAAUACUUCUCUGACCUCCUUCACUCCUCCCCUAGAAGAGACCGAGGCAACCAAAAUGGCGGUUGAUGACGAAGAGCUGAGUGGUGCAGAGAUCCCAUACAGUACAUAUCAGAGCAUGUCGACAAGAUACUUUAUCAGCCAAAGCAGCGACAAGACGUGGCAAACCCCACCGAAUUCUCGAAAUUAUCAAUCAAACAACCCCAAACCAAAUCCAAGCAAGACGGGACCUGAAAGAUAUAUGGAGAUACCACCUUUCAAGACAUUGCCAUACACUUCAGAAGGGAGUGCGGGAGGAGCUGGCGCUCGACCAUGGAUGCCGUCGUGCUCGGUCUUGAUGUGGUGUACCAAACACGACCAGUUCUACGAAGUCCACGUGUUGUCCUGA